UGCACAAAGUGACAAAGUAUUCUCUGUGUAUUUUUCUGAUGGUGAGAUAUAUACGAGAGAUUAGAUCACAUUAAAGAUUAUUAGUCGUCUACAGUACAUACGUAGCACAAUGACAAAUAUAUCACGAUGAUAUGUUGAUAAGCAAUCCAGACGAAACAGCAUCGUUGUGUCUUUUAAGAUUGAAGCAAAGUGCUUACAGAAUGAUUUCAAGAAUAAAAUAAAUUAUUUCAAUUUAAAAAAGCAUCGUGUUAUAAACAAUUCAUUUUUAAGUAGUGACUUAGUGGUAAAUUUAUAAAGAACAUUAUGGCUGCAUUAACUGCAGCGGAUUAUGCAGUGAUUGGUGUAUUAAUAUUGAUCAGUUCCGCUAUUGGUAUGUACUAUUGGCUUAUUGGUGGUCGUCAGAAGUCAACCGAGGAAUACUUCAUGGCGAAUAAAUCAAUGCGAGUGAUCCCGGUAGCGAUAGGUUUGAUGGUAUCAUAUUUAUCGGCAGUCAGUUUACUCGGAGUAAGCUCUGAAAAUUAUCUUUACGGUACACAAUACGCUGUGAUCAACAUCUCUUAUGGUGUUGCCACGCCAUUUGCAGCCUAUUUUUAUUUACCGGUGUUUUUUAGAUUGGAUAAUAUGAGUGCUUUUGAGUAUCUGCAGAAGCGUUUCGGCACGACCACCAGAUUAAUAGCCAGUUUCGCCUUUUUGCUCCAAUUACUUCUGUAUACCGGCGUGGUGUUGUAUGCACCUGCGUUGGCCCUAGAAGCUACCACGAAUAUUUCAAGGACCGCAAGUGUGAUUGGUUUAGGACUUAUCUGCACCUUCUAUUCGACGAUCGGAGUUAUUGUCACCGCGGCUAUUCACUCCGGUGGUCUAGAUCAAAUUUGGCAAAUCGCUCGAGAAGGAUCCCGAUUGGAAUUCGACAACAUCUCUCCGGAUCCAACUGUACGACAUACUUGGUGGAAUUUGCUUCUUGGUGGUUUUUUUACUUACUUGUCCUUGUACGGCGUUAAUCAAGUUCAAGUUCAAAGACUGUUGACUAUCAGUAACCUAGCAGCCGCCCAGCGCGCAUUAUGGUGGAGUUGGCCAAUGUCGUCGAUCAUGUCGCUUACCCUGUGCUUUUCUGGAUUAGCGAUAUAUUCCAAGUAUUAUAAAUGUGAUCCGCUCAAUGAGGGCAGAAUCAGCUCGAAUGAUCAAUUGAUGCCCUUGUAUGUAAUGGAUACGCUAUCGAAUUAUCCCGGUGUGCCCGGACUUUUCAUAGCCGGGAUUUUCAGCGCUGGACUCAGUACCAUCUCGGCCACAAUUAAUUCCCUCGCCGCUGUUAUUCUUCAAGAUUAUAUCAAGCCUUUCUGGCGCGUAAGAAACGGAGCUUUAUCUGCUACAACAUCGAUAAUUAUCAGCAAAGUUUUGGCUCUUGUAGUUGGAUUAUCGUGCGUGGGUGUUGCUUUCCUAGCACAAUUUCUUGGUGGGUUGUUGCAAGCGGCUCUGACGAUCUUUGGUGUCGUAGGUGGACCUAUGUUGGGUUUAUACACGCUUGGCAUGUUCUUCCCAUCGAGUAACCAAAAGGGCGCGAUCAUGGGUUUCGUCCUUAGUCUCAUGUUCUCUUUGUGGAUAGGAUUCGGACAACCGAAACCACCGAUCUCACGAUUGAAUGUCUCAACGGACGGUUGCGAAUUCAACAACACUACCAUGUAUCAUGAAAUUGAUGGGAAAUCGUUAAUUUACUCAAAUUUACAUUACGAAAAUCAAUUGGAGGAAGAGGAGUCCUAUUUCUAUCUUUAUCGCAUAUCCUAUAUGUGGUACUGUCCACUCGGAUUUCUUCUCACUAUAAUCACGGGAUGGAUCGUCAGCUGGAUCACAAAUUGUUUUCUUAAGGGAGAUCUGAUCGAAAUCGAUCCCAUUUUAUUUAGUCCAAUUGUAGCAGGUCGAAUACAAAAAAGAAAAGAAGCAGAUAAAUAUCGCAAUACAAUAACAUUAAAUAAAAGUUGA